UGGGGGCGGGCGAGAAGAGUGGGACUUGUGACUUGACCCGCUCUGCGCCGCGGCUCAUCUCUGUGACGUCACGGCGGUCUCACUGCCCCCACGCGCACCGACGCAGCAGCUUCGCGCCGUGAGCAGUCACGACUGGUGAAGUCCGGGGGUGUGCGGGCUGAGGGGGCACCUCAUGUGUUAAAGCUUGCUGUGGCAGCGUUGGGAAUCGGGGUCCAGGCCGAGCCCAACCCGGAUCUUGAGCCAGCCUGGUGCUCACCCUGGAUCCCAUCUCGCCUCGUCCUCGCGCCAGGCGCCACCGGCUGUACCCCCUAGGAUGCCGGCCGUCUCUGCCCGUGGCCUCUCUUACGGGGAGAGGAGACAGCUAGCUGUGAACCUCACCCGUGUCCUGGAGCUCUACCGUCCCAUCCUGGAUGCCUACAUCAUCGAAUUUUUCACAGACAACUUGUGGGGCACACUCCCUUGCUCAUGGCAGGAAGCACUGGAUGGACUGGACCCACCACAACUGGCCACACUGCUGCUGGGAAUGCCUGGGGAAGGGGAGGUAGUCAGGUACAGGUCGGUGUGGCCACUUACCUUACUGGCCCUGAAGUCCACAGCCUGUGCCCUGGCCUUUACCCGGACACCUGGCUUUCAGACCCCCUCAGAGUUCCUGGAGAACCCUAGCCAGAGCUCUCGACUGACAGCUCCCUUCCGGAAACAUGUCAAGCCUAAGAAGCAGCAUGAGAUCCGGAGGCUAGGAGAGUUGGUGAAGAAACUGAGUGACCUCACUGGCUGCACCCAGGUUGUGGAUGUGGGCUCAGGCCAGGGCCAUCUCUCCCGCUUCAUGUCUCUGGGGCUGGGGCUGAUGGUAAAGAGCAUUGAAGGAGACCAGAGACUGGUUGAGAGAGCCCAGCGCUUGGAUCAGCAGCUCCUUCAGGCUCUGGCAAAAGUGGAGAAGAGGAAUCCAAGGGUGGUCCAAAGAGGCCGAUGCUUGCCUCAGCAUGUUGUAAAGUGGGUGGACCCCAUAGACCUGUGUCAGGAGCUUCUGCUUCCCCUGGAGAGCACUCAGCACGGUGGUACCCGCUUGCUGCUCACAGGCCUCCAUGCCUGUGGCGAUCUCAGUGUUGCCUUACUGAGGCACUUCUGCUGCUGCCCUGAGGUGGUGGCCCUGGCCUCAGUGGGCUGCUGCUACAUGAAGCUCAGCGACCCUGGUGGCUACCCAUUGAGUCAGUGGGUAGCUGGCCUGCCUGGCUAUGAACUGCCCUACAGGCUCCGGGAAGGGGCCUGCCAUGCCCUGGAAGAAUAUGCUGAGCGGCUGCAGAAAGCACGCCCGGACCUGAGAACCCACUGCUAUCGAGCAGCAUUGGAGACAGUGAUCCGACAUGCCUGCCCUGAACUCCAACGGCCUGGCGUGCAGGGGAUCCCCAGGGUCCAUGAGCUCAAGAUAGAAGAAUACGUGCAGCGGGGUUUACAGCGAGUGGGACUAGAUCCCCAGCUGCCACUGAAUCUGGCUGCUCUUCAGGCCCACGAGGCCCAGGAGAAUCGUGUGGUGGCCUUUUUUAGCCUGGCCCUCCUCAUGGCCCCACUAGUGGAGACACUGAUUCUGCUGGACCGACUGCUCUAUCUUCAAGAGCAGGGUUUUCAUGCUGAGCUCCUACCCAUCUUCAGCCCUGAACUCUCUCCCAGAAACAUGGUUCUAGUGGCCACCAAGAUGCCCCUGGGUCAGGCCUUCUCUGCUCUGGAAACUGAAGACAGCUGACAGCCUGAAGAAGGGCUCAUCUCAGACCCUGUUCCACUGGGAAUAGCCAAUGGCACCUUGUCACCCGGAGAAGCAGCAUUCUGCACUAUGGUUGGAAUCCUGGCUCCCUGCAAAACUUCAGUUUCAACCCUUUUUAAAUGUCCAUGUUUACUGCAAGAUUGUGUGAAGAUUUAUUUUUAAUUCAUGAAAACUUGGAAGACA